AUGUUUCCAAGUAAGAGAAAGAGUAAAUUAGCUCCUAGAGCAUAUGGACCUUUUGAGGUUGUUGAGAGGGUAAAUGAUAAUGCUUAUAAGGUGGAGUUGCCUAGUGAGUAUUGGGGAGUCUCGGCCACCUUCAAUGUGGGGGAUCUAAGCCCAUACUUGGAGGAUGAUUUGGAUUUGAGGGAAAAUCAUUCUCAACCUGGGGAGGAUGAUACAUUUACAAGUCCUAAAACACUUGACUUGGGCUCUUUACGUUAUUUUUGGGGUAUUGAAGUAGCAUUCUCUCCAAAAGUUUAUCUUCUUUCUCAAUCCAAGUAUACAACUGACAUCUUGGAGUAUGCUUGUCUUACCGAUACCAAGAUUGUCGAUACUUCUCUUCAGCUUAAUGUUCGAUAUUCUCCCUCUGAUGGUGUCCCCUUGCAAGAUCCCACUUUAUAUCGCACUAUUGUUGGUAGUUUGGUUUAUCUCACUAUUACUCGUCCAGCUAUUGUAUAUGUUGUUCACAUAGUCAACCAGUUUGUAACUUCUCUUACUAUUAUUCAUUAG